UGACUACAAAGUCUGGUAUCAUCGUCCAGAGGUCACAGUGAACGUUUACAGUAAACAAGAAUCGUUGGUCCUUAGUUCGAGCUCGAGCAUCUCACCAUUGCCAUUAACAGACGUUUAGGUUCCUGCUAUAAUCGGUCAUUUUCUCUUAGUUAACGCGCGUUCGCAGGCCGGUGAAAAAUGAGUUUAACCGAGUUAUUAGGUAAAAAAUACAAAUUGUCUACCAGCGAUAACUUCGAUGAGUACAUGAAGAAAUUAGGCGUCGGAUUCGUAACCCGCAAAGCCGGAGCUGCGGUCUCGCCCGUGGUGGAUUUGCAAAAGAACGGCGAUGAGUACGUUUUAUCCUCGGUUUCUACCUUCAAAAACGUGAUUUUGAAGUUCAAGCCCGGCGUGGAGUUCGAUCAGGAGACUCCGGACGGGCGCAAAGUCAAAUCCACCAUCACGAUCGACGGCAACACGCUGCACGAAGUCCAGAAGGACGCCGACGGGAAGUCUACCACCAUAGACAGGACGUUUUCCAAGGACGAAGUGAAAAUGGUACUAUCCGUCAAUGAUGUCACAGCCACUCGAGUGUACAAAGCCCAAGCCUGAUUUAUGGAAAAUUUAUCUAUUAUCUAACUUUGCCUGCACAAUAGUGUAGGCAAAUAAAAAUUUUUUACUAAUUAAAUUAAAAUAAUUUAUGACUUUUUUUGUUAUGUACCGGAUAUUAUGGAGAACACAAACUGUGAAUUGUGAAUAAAUGUUUAUUAAUAUUCGUAGAAUUAAAAAUUAAUGUCUUUAACUGGGUUGUAUUAUGUUUUGAUAUUUAAUAGUCUUUUCCAGUUAAAGUUCUUGUGAAUUGCAUUCAUAAUUUGUUAAAAUAAACCUGAGAAAUAUCUAA